AUGCUUGCCCAUUUCUUCGUCAGUGCCGUCUUCUCCUCUGCAUAUGCAGCAGCUUUCUCCGUUAAUGCGCCGUCGACAGGAGCAAAUGGUGCUAUCCAAUGCGAGGGCUACGAAAUCACCUGGUCGGGCGGCACUGCGCCCUUCAACGUUAGCCUACUGGACAGUAAUCGGAAGGUCGUAGAGGAGAUCGCGACCUCUGCCACUAAAUCCGUGCUGUGGACAGUGAACAAGCCCGCCGAUAGGGUCCCCUACGAGUUAUCCGUCACCGACGCGACCGGCGCCUCCGCCAUCAGCGACCAAUUCGACGUACAGUCAUCCAACAACUCUGCAUGUCUCGGCGCAUCGACAUACAGUCCUUCUGCGACUACCGUUGCGUCUAUAUCGGCCACGAUCAGUAGCGGGCAGGGCCCUGCGACUACUGCCACUGAGUUCCGCUCAGCUUCUUCUGGCACUGCGUCGCCGAGCGCCAGCUCGUUCUCGCCGGGAAAGCCACAAGCACUAUCGACAGGCGAGAUAGCUGGAGUUGCUGUAGGAGCAGCUUGCGGUGUAGUACUUGUGGUCGGAGUUGUAUGGAGUGUGUGGCGUUUGCGACGUGCGACGUCGAGCACGAGUGGCAAUAGCUGGCAUGAGGUGCCGUCGAGCGCGGCAGCGAGCGUGGACCCGUUUCCUCUGACGCGACCGGGGAUGCUCAGCUGGGAGAGGAAGAGGAGACGAAACUUGGACGUCGACGCGACUACCGCAAUUUCGAGGCAUACUGCUGGGCAUGCCGGACCACUACCGAUAACUUCUCCCGAGGCUUUGCCCGGUAACGGAGAGAUCAGCGAGACAACCCUCGACCGCCUAGUGAAUCUGGUGCUGGGUAGACUUCACGCACAAGAGGCCCCACCUUCGUACCGUACGAACUCUCAUUCCGGUAGUGAUGAAUGA